AUGGUCGAGAAAUUAAUGUCAAAGCGAGCCUACAACUGGUUCAUUUCCUUGGUUGCAGCAGCAUGUAUGGUGCUUUAUGGUUAUGACGCCUCUGUCUACAAUUCUGUGCAGGGCUCGGACAAAUGGACAGCCUACUUCCACGACCCUGAUGAUAAUAUGAUCGGAGCCGUCAACACGGCAUACACAGUUGGUGCGAUUUUCGGUGGUUUCUUCCUUGGUGGUCCCGUUGCCGAUUAUCUUGGUCGCAAGAUCGGAAUGGCUACCGGAUGUGUUUUGGUUAUUGCUGCCACAUUCAUGCAGUGUUGGUCGCCGCGGGGCAGCAUUGCUUGCUUCCUUGCUGGACGGUGCAUCAUCGGUAUUGGCCAGGGUAUCGCCUUGACUGCGGGUCCGAUUUACAUCGGUGAACUUGCACCGCCAGAAAUCCGAGGAAAGAUCAUGACUUUCUGGCAGAUGUUCUACUCCGUUGGGUCGUUCAUCUGUUUCUGGAUCAACUAUGGCUGCACGAAGCACACAGAAAGCCUGGGAGAAUGGGACUGGAAGCUUGUUGUUAUCUUCCAGCUCCUUGUCCCAGUCAUCAUUCUUGCCAUUCUUCCAACGAUUCCUGGUUCGCCUCGCUGGUACGUUCAGCGCAAAGACGAUAUCGAGAAGGCACGCUCGGCUCUUCGCAGAGUCCGUGAGACCGAGGAGGAGGUCGAAGAAGAGCUGCUGAAAAUCCGCGAAGCCAUCGAGUACGAAAAGGAGGCCAUCUCCAGCAACUACAGCGCGCUCUGGAAGGACAAGUCCCUCCGCAAGCGUAUGGGGCUGGCCUUGGUCAUCAACGCUGGUCAGCAGAUUACCGGACAGGGCACCCUCAACACCUACUCGACCAAGAUUUACCAGAAGGUUUUCAAGAGCGCCGGCCAGAUCGCGCUCAUCAACGCCCUCAAUGCCACCUUCGGUAUCAUCUUCACAUUGAACGCAGUCUGGGUGAUUGACCGGUUCGGACGCAAGUUCCUCCUGAUCCUCGGUGGUAUCGGCAUGGGUAUCUGCAUGAUCAUCGUGGCUGCUGUUGAAACCGAGACCCCGUCACCGGGCGGCGCAAAGACAGAAUCGGUGGGCAUAUCGAUCGUCUUCUUACUAUUCUUAUUCAUUUUCUUCUACAAACCCUCCUGGGGAGCAACAGUAUGGAUCUGGACGUCCGAGGUCUUCUCCAUGAACGUUCGCGCGCAAGCCGUGGGAAUGGCCUCACAGACCCAGAACGUCGCCAACGCCAUCGUGCAGCAGUUCUUCCCCACCUUCCUCAAUAACUGCGGCUUCUACGCAUUCUACAUGUUCGCGGGGAUUAACUUCGUGCUGUCGGUCUUUGUCUUCUUCUUCAUCCCAGAGACCAAGCAGGUGCCUCUGGAGGAGAUCGACGCGCUCUUCGGCGGUGCCAAUCACGUCACCCAGGGCGAGGAUCUGUUUUCCCAUGAGAAGUCGAUGCGGGUGACGCACCAGUCGGCCGAUACCGAGAAGCCGUACGCGACGACGGUGGAGGAUACACGGGUUUGA